GAAAGAUUUUGGCGCUAUGGGGAUUGCUGUUGUUGAUUUUGUUUUCAUCACUAUGCGGAGAAGGUAUAUCAAUGUUUGAAGCUUCAGCUACAACCCAAAAACGGUAAGAACAGAACCGGACCGUGUCCAACGCUACUCAUUAGAGCAUCUCCAGUGGGGGUUAUAUAAUGAGGAAGUAUAAAUGAGAUGUAAAAGUGGCUUUACACUCCCGACAAUAGACCCCUAGCUGUGAAUGCUUUUGUAGAAGCUCCCAACAAAGUAUCCGGUCCAGGAAGUAACAGAGAAAGCUGUGGGCUUUGGGAAACAGGAAAAUAGAGAUGGCGGCUAACUCUACGAGACGAACCCUACAAUUUUCUUCAUCUUCUGCAAAAACCCUUUUGUGCCGUACACCAUCUUCACCUUUCGCCUCCAAAGCUUCUAAUCUUAUCGAACUUACUGCCGUCAAGCCCACUUCUGCUACUCGACUCGCUGCUCAGAAGCUCAAGUUAUCAAGAUUUCCAGUGGAGUUGGCGGGUGUGCAGUCAUUGAUCCCAUUGCAUAGUGCUACUGCUUCUGCCUUGUUCACUUCGCUCCUAUCUUUGCACAAUAACAGCUGGGGAUGCCUAUCAGAAGGUUUUGCAACUCCUCUAUAGCAUGGCCAGUGAGCUGCUGUUUCUAGGUGCAAGCGCGAUCAUGAAUAGCAGAUUUUGUUUCUUUUGCAGGUUUCUGAUUGCAUUUGAACUUUAUUGUAACCUCAAAAAGUAGAUGAUCGUUUCAUUGUUUCUCAAGGUUUUCCAGAUUCUAGUUAUGAUAGCCGGAAAUUCAGCAUAUCCCUGGUUAGAAAUUUUGCACACGAGAUCGCAACUAUCGUGGUAUAAACUCUGGAGUUAGCUCAAUAGUGGUUUUGAGACAAUUGGAAAAUCGGGUUUGAUGCUUAUUGGUUUCAUCGGCAAUAAAAUUUGCUGUACGUUAUUGUAUCUUGAGGAACAAAACCUCCAAGUUUUUGUACCACAUUAUUGCAUGCUUUAUAGGAUGCAAUUUUCACAGCUAAAAGAAGACUAACGCCAAGAAACA